AUGCCGGAGGAGCUCAGUAACUGCAGCUGGUGUUGUUGCGCUCCGCUCCACCGGAUUCUGGUCAUCGCCUUCAUGACUAUCCUGGCUUGCGCGGUGAUUGUGGGCAACGCCAUCACAGUGACCGUGUUCCUGGGGACGAGGCAUUUCCGGACCCCGCAGGGGUACCUGAAAGUCUCCCUGGCCCUGGCUGACCUGAUGGUUGGGGUGUUGGUCGUCCCCUUCUCCGCCUACACCGAGAUCGUUUGGAUGGUGAGCGGUGGGGCGCCGCCCGCCUGGGCCCGGGGCUACUCGGCCAGGGGAGCCGGGGCGUUCUGGCAGCCCUGUCACCUGGUCGGGCUGGUGUUCGCUGGCUGCACCUUUGUCUCCAUCAGCACCAUCUUCCUGCUGACGGUAGAGCGCAGCGUGGCCAUCCUAAAGCCCCUGCACAAGGAAACCGUGGUGACCCGCAGGAGGACCCUGGCGACCAUCUGCUGCUCUUGGCUGGCCGCCUUCCUGCUGGCCACGGCCCCCCUGAUGUUCAGCGACCACUUCACCCUGAGGUACAACGAGUGCAGCCGUAUGUGCAACUACGCGUUCGUGGCCCAGGCCCCGAAGCACUCCAGCUGGAGCAUCCUGCUGCUCUUCCCCGCCUUUGACUUCACCCUCCUGGGCUGCACCUUGGUGGUCAACGCGCUGUCCUUCAGCACCAUCCGCCGCUGCUCCAAGCAGCGCAAGUGCUUGGUCGAAACCGACAACUUCCGCGGGCCCCUGCGCCCGUCCUUCUCAGACAUCAAAGCGGCAAAAACCAUCGCCAUCCUGACCUUCACCUUCACCGCAUCCUUCAGUCCGAUCGCCGCUUUCGUCGUGGGCAAUGUCAGCGGCCAUAGUUGGUGCACCUUUUCCUUCUUUGCUUUCUGGAUCUUGGCCGCCAACAGCUGCUGUAAUUUUGUCAUCUACAGUGUCAGAGACCAAAGAUUCUGCAAAGGGGUGCAGCAACUGUUCCACAAAACCCUGCGGGCGUUGCCGGACAAAACCCCGAACGUACAGAACUUCCGUUUGCCCGCAGGGCUACAGCCCUUUACUGAGUGA